AUGUUCGACACUCACCCGGUUAUCAUCGACAUUGAGCUCUGUAAAUUGAAUACUGCCUUGGCGGGCAACAGGUCGAACAAGAAUACCCAGCCUACUGUAACGUUUUGCAGGCCCUACGCGAUCUUCGCAAAGGCUUUCUAUGUGGUCUGUUUUGAUCUCACUGUUUUGCAGGGACUAGGUCGUACCAUAAUGGAAGAGGAAUUCGAGCGUCUGGCGGAACACCUCCAAGAACAGUCUGAUGUCACGACAUGGACUAUUGGCGUGAGCCUUCGAGCAUCACGAGCAAGUGACGACAAGCAUAUGCGCGAUGGCCUCUUAUGGAAAUUCCUUGCAUGGUCCAAUGCAAGCUGGAGGCAAAUGCGCUCUUUGGCUGCUACAACUCCUACCUGCUUGUUGGCCCAUGGGCUAUGA